CUCUGUCAACUCUUUGGACUCAUUUCGAUUACCUUGUACAACCUUAAGCCGACCUAAGCUUAAGCAAUUGGGUCGCCGAUCACCUGGAAUGGUCUAACCAAACUAAAUCAUCAUUAGGUAGUAAUACGUAUUUGGGCCUGGUAUGAGCGGCAUUCAUUAAUCUCGUUUAAGAGUUCCAACAGUUGAGAUUUCGACAAAGCCACCAGCCAGUGCUAUUGUUUUCCCUCCGCGUGAAACCCCAACGGACGCAUCGUGACAGCCCAACCCAAUCAAAAGAGUCUGCCAACAACAUGCGCACAGGCCGAGUCUGAAAUCUAUACAAAAGAAGAUAGUCUAGUUGUUAAUGUCUACGUGUUGUGUACAGUGCGUCUCUCUCGGCGCUUCGUCUAUUAAUAGAACGUGUCAAGCUUUUUAUUUUUCCUUCUUCCUUUCCUUGUGGUCGCGCGCGCGGGCAUCAGGGGCGGCCAGAAGCGGUGCCGGCCCGAGAGAGGCGGCCAGUUCCUCCCCGACUGGCACGGAGUCUGGACGCGGGGAGAUUUUUAUUGUUGGUUUUUUUUUUCUCUUUCCUCUCGCCUCCCCCUCAAUCCACAUUUCCCCCCUCCCGGCCUCCCCCGUGACUCUCUCGACUUUGGCCCAGCAGUUGCGUGAGUGCCGGGCCGUACGGAAAUAUCACGCUGGGUGUGGUUGGUUCCCAAUUUUUUUCUUUUCAACUGGCGGAUAAAUUAUCAUCCGCAAAAAACCCACGACGAAGUGUUGAAGAAAAUAAAAACGAAAAUAAAUUUGUGACAUGGCGGAAGCCGGUGUUCCCCAAGCGUCGUCGGCGGCCCAGCAUUCGCUCCAGCGGCAGCAGCAGCAGCGAUCGUCCGGCUCGACCUUGUCGUCCCAUCCGCCAGCGACGACGACCAUUUCGACCAUCGCCGUCCAAAGCGGCGCCACUCGCAUUGUCGUCGCCCUCCUCCAGAGCAAAGAAUGGCUGGAAUUGCAGGUGCUGGAAAUGAGCCCGGACAUGACGAGGAUGGGCGAUUGCUUCGUGACGUCAUCCGAUCUUCUCAUGGCCCACCAGGACGUUCUCAAGAAGCUUCAGAGCAAGCAGAGUCCGGUGGAAGAAUUAUUGAAACAGGCCGACCAGCUGAUUGCCAGUCAACGACCCAGGGCCGAGGUCUACGCGGCCAUGGCCGAAUCUUUGGGCCAGGCCUGGAAGGAUUUGAAUUCUUUCCUGGAACAACGCAGGGUCAUCCUCGAGUACAACGUCGCCUUUCACAGUCACGCUGAGGAUGUCAUCGACAAGCUGGCCAGCUUGGACCGGGAGUCGGCCGCCACGUCCACCUUGCCGUCGGACGUCGACAGCAUCAAGCGGCUACGCACUAGAAUAGAAGAGAGUCGCAAAUCGGCGCUCGAGAGCCUCCGGCUGGCCCUACAAGAUGGCGAAGUCCUACUGGAGAAACUGACGGCCCUGAAAAAUCUGGGCACCCUAGACUCACGGCCCGGCCACAUUUUGACGGCCGUCAACGCAGCUUUGAACCAAGUGCGGAGGUGGUUGGAAGCCCUUCAUGAUCGUCGGCGUCGAUCAGAGACGGCCUUCCAGCAGAGACGGGCAGCUCUGGAUCAAUGGUCGGAGGUGUGUUCGCUGCGGCGCGAUCUGGCGGCCACGGAGAAGCGGCUGGAAGCGCUGGGCCGGAACGGCAGCACGGCACUGGGCGACUCUUCGGCCACGGCCGAGCUUGUUUUUAAUUGUUUGUCUUUUUUUUUUCUUUCCGACUUUGAGUCGCAAGAGCAGCAGCAGCAGCUCAUUGGCUCUGCCAUCAAAAGAAGAAGAAGAUUCCAAUCGUCGUCUUUUCUUUUGAAAGUUAAACCCGUCGCCUCGUUAAGAAUAAGAGGGGAGAGAGAGAAAAAAGAGCCGAGUCUUGUGGCAUGACAAGCACCUCGGAGAACGGGCGCGGAUUCGAGGAUCUGCGUGUCACGCCAAGGUUCUUCUUCUUCUUUUUUUUGUCUUGUAGAUUUUUAUUUUUAUUUUUAUGCUUUUUUAAAAACCCCGUCACGGAGAGAAGGAGAAAAAAAAGGAGCAAUAGACAACGCCUCCUACCAUCGGAACCGGCUUUUUAAUUCCAUUUAGUUAUUUUUCUUUUUUUGAUUUUUCCCGGGAAAGAGAGAAGCCGAUGGCUCUCAUUAGGAUGGAACAGCAAAACGAGAUGAUUAUCGCCAAAAAACUUGUAUGGUCAACUCCUGGGUUGGCUAUACUCCCCCCACCAAAGAAAAGAUCUUAGAGAAAGAAAGAAAGAAAAAGAAAACGAACGAACCGAAAAGUUCAAAGUUUGGCAUCCGCGUGUAACGGAACUAUAGCGAUGGCACAAUAAGCGAUGGCCCGUAUCGCACCGGGCGGGCCCUUUUUUUCUUCUUCUUUCCUCUUGUCUGAAAGAGACAGAUUUUUUUGUGGUCUCUCUCUCUUAUUCUUAUUUUAAAAAUAUUUUUUGACUGAUGCAUUUCCAACUCUGGAGAAUCCCCCAGAAACU